AUGCGAUGUGGUAAAAGAGGAUACGAAGAUGCCGUCAGCGAUGUGUAUCAAAUCUUUGGGUGUGACGAAACCGAUGAGGACUCUCUUAAAGCGGCCAAGCAACCAUCCUUGCCACGGCCGCCACAGUACAACGCCGCUGCCCAAGACCCGAUUGCCGACACCGUAUACAGAGACCAGGUGAUAGGCAACUUGUGGGAGCGUUGCAAAGCGGAACAGGACGGCACGUUCGGCGCCCUACAUGCGUUCAGUUGUUACUGGUGCGGAUGGUUCGGAUAUGAGAUUCCAGAAGACGAAGUCCCUAAUAUGAACGCCGGGGGAAACGCAGUCUGCAAAAAAGAAAUGUGCGAAACAUUGAUUCCGCCGAGCAACCGUCAAGAGGGUAAUUCCAAAGACGCCACAAGUCAGCCAGAUAUUCCAGAAUAG